ACCUCCAAAGCAUAGUUCACGCAUUGAGUCUUGAGCAGUUACCAUGACGACUACUGGAAUAACAGGUGCAACCUCACGCGCCAAAAGGGCGAUGAAGCUCACGCUCGCCCUCCUUGGCUUAGGCUUCAACACCUCCAAAUGCAAGACGGCGGCCAAGAUGGCGGUCGCCAGAAUCAAGCUCCUCCGUAACAAGCGGGAGGUUGUCGUCAGGCAGAUGAGGCGCGACAUUGCCAUGCUCCUCCACUCCGGUCAAGAUGCCACUGCUCGCAUUAGAGUUGAGCAUGUGAUGAGAGAGCAAAAUAUUUUGGCUGCAAAUGAGUUCAUUGAGCUCUUCUGUGAAUUAGUAGUUUCCAGACUCUCAAUCAUUUCAAAGCAAAGGGACUGUCCAACAGAUUUGAAAGAAGGAAUUGCUAGUUUAAUAUUUGCAGCCCCAAGGUGCUCCGAAAUUCCGGAACUUGUCUCGCUCAAGAAUAUCUUUGAGAAGAAAUACGGGAAGGAUUUCGUGUCGGCAGCUACCGAUCUUAGACCUAGCUGUGGCGUAAAUCGUCAGUUAAUCGACAAGCUCUCAGUGCGAACACCUCCCGGCGAAUUAAAGUUGAAAGUAUUAAAGGAAAUAGCUAAAGAGCAUCAAGUAGAAUGGGAUACUGCAGAGUCUGAAAAGGAACUUCUAAAGCCUCCAGAAGAGCUCAUAGAAGGGCCAAAAACUUUUGUUAGUGCAAGCAGCUUUCCAACAGUCAUACCUACAACAAAUGUGUCAUCUGAAUCAAACAAGCUAAUUACUAGAUUCUCAGGUGGUGAAAGAGGCAGUGGUGACAUGCAUUUUGAGGAUUCUAAGGCUGCUGCUGAGGCAGCUGCUGAAUCAGCUAAGAAAGCAAUUGCCGCGGCCGAAGUUGCUGCUUACAUGGCUAUGAAAGACCAUAACAAUGAAGCUCCUCAACCAUAUGUUUACAAUAACAAGUUGGAUAACUCAAAUAACAUGGUUCAUCAAUCAACAAUUGAGGAGAAAAUGUACAGGUCAAGGAGCUUACCGAGGUCUGAACAUAAGAAAGAUGAAGAUUAUUCAUCGCCUACUGAAAUGUAUGGUAGUGGAAAUGAUUAUAAGAGGCACAGCUACCAUCCAACUUCUGCAGGACAUUCAGAUAUUAAGUUUGAUGAAUCCGACUGCGAUGAAGAGAUUGAAGUGGAAGAACCUCCUUCAACUCUGCCACCUAAGAGGCCGCCACCAUCUGUUCCUUCGUCUUUCCUUAAACAAGACAGCAGUGUCCGUGUCCAUCCGAAAUUGCCAGAUUACGACGAACUUGCAGCUCGCUUUGAUGCACUAAAAUUCAAGAAGUCACAGUUCUAAACCAAAAAACCUGAGAGCAAUCUAGCUUUUUAUUAAUUAUUUUUGUAUACAUAAUGAUAUAUUUUGUCUUACAGAAAGAGAUACUGAGAAGUGAGAAUGUCAUAUAGACAUAUAGUACUUGGUAUGUUUGGUUCUACUACCUUUUGUCAUACUUGUU